GGAUAUUGGAAAAGCCCUUUUAUAUUUACCUUAUGUUAAGUGAACACAAAUGUAACAAAACUACAUUAGGCUACUUUGAAAUAGGCAUUGCUUUUUACCAUUUAUUUAUUCUGCGUUUACCCAAGUUCCACACUUCUUUUGAUGGAAUGAUACUGAUACCUUUUCUCAAUGUCAUAAUACAUGCUGCUUUUUACUGGUGAAUUUGAUUUGUAUUGUCAGUUUCAUUUCAAAAAAUAAAGGUAACAAACAUCACAGUUAAAACAAAACACAAUAUUAUCAUGAAACAUAUUCAAAUGUUCUGUCGCAGCAGGAUCCAAUUAAAUAAUGAGGUUGUGUGCACUGCCGCUUUAAGAAUAGAGUCAAAACAAAGCGUGCACUGGCCGGUGUUGUGCCGUAAUAAGCACGGAAGUGUUUUUUUGUUAUCGGUGGCUACUCACAAUGGGUGAGAGAAAUGAGAGCUGCUACAUACUUUGAAAUUAGUUAACUCUGUGAAACGCGCCUUUAACAUCAUUAACACGAAUGUAUUAUUCCUCCGUAUUAUUUUAACAUCACCUGAACUAAACGGAGGAUAUAGCUUGCUAGCUUGUAAGCUAGCUCCAAUAACGCUAGCAGCCAUGCCGCCCUACUCAGAAUUGAGGAAAACAAACCACUUCUACUACUUCAUCAAAUUCACCCUGAACAUCUACUCGAUGCUCUUCUCGCUGAUGGGUCUUUGUGUGCUUUGUGUGGGGGUGUAUGCUGAAGUGGAAAGGCAGAAGAACCGAACCCUGGAGGGCCUUUUCCUUGCUCCUGCUGUGGUGCUCAUCUUGCUGGGCCUGGUGAUGUUCACUGUGUCGCUGGUGGGCAUGGUUGGAUCCCUCAGGGACAACAAGACCCUGCUGCACAUGUUCCUCUGUGUUCUCUGCGUGUUGCUGCUUCUUCAGGCAAUCGCGCUCACCACAGCUCUCAUCUUUGAAAAGAAGAGCAGCAUACGAGAAGGAAUAAAGCACUACUACGAUGAUCUGGACUUCAAAAACAUCUUGGACUAUGUGCAACAAAAGUUUUCAUGCUGUGGAGGGGAUGAGUAUAAAGACUGGGGGGUCAACCAGUACCAUUUCUGCAAUGGUACUGGUCCGCUUGCCUGUGGGGUUCCCUAUACCUGUUGUGUUCGCCGCAAGGUUGGAGAGGUCGUCAACACUCUGUGUGGUUGCCAUACUCUGGAUAAAGAGCGUGAAACCCUGCAUGACCAGAUCCAUGUGCGAGGCUGCCUCCACGCAGUCAACCUCUGGAUGAGUGACAAUAUUGGAAUAACCAUCGCACUCUGCAGUGCCAUUGGGCUGCCACAGCUGCUGGGCAUCAUUUUAAGCUGCGUCUUCUGGAACUUGCUGGUGGACAUGAGUGAGUCGGCCGACAUGGUGGACUUCAAGCUGAAGAAGUCAGAGUUUGACUACAGCGAAUUAGACCUGGCUGGUGCCGGCUGGUGUAUGUGCCUGCCGAGGGAGAGCGGCUACCUGCCCGUCCCUGCCUCUGAGCCCGACCUCGACCCCAUUGACAUUCACCUGCAGAAGCUCAAGAAGCAGCCGCCUCGCACACACGCUCAGCUCCGGGAGCUGCAGCAGUCCAGAUCGGCCACUGGUCUGGACGAGGUAGACGUUGGCCGGAAGCAAAAAAGGGAACACUGAGUGGUCUUUUUACCCUUUCUUGCCUUUCUUUUUCUGUCAUUGUAUUCCAUGCAUUUGUUGUUAAAGAGACAUUUGGUCAGUAUUUUUGGCACUUUGUGGAUGAAUUUGUUUACAACAAAAUUUGAUGGAACAACAUGCAACAAUUGCUUUUUGAAAAAAAGGUUUUAUUUGUCUCAUGAGAUUUAGGACGUAUCACAAUUUAAUUUUUUUUUCAUCCUUUGAAAUUGAGCUUUGUCUCACAUGCUUAAGCUUACCUCAGGCUGUUUUGAAAAUAGCCCUGUAGUUCGACGACAGUACUAUAUGGUGUGUAAAUUAAUGGUAGCUUAAAAAGAUGUUUUUCAUUGUUGAAGAAAUAGGAAUAGCCAAGUACGUCUUGCGUGUUGCGUCUGUGACGGAUGUAUACAGUUUGUGUAUUAUUUAUUUUUUAUCAUGAUUUAAAUUAGAUUUUGUGCAAUCAGUGUACAUUGUAAGACUGAUAGAAAAACAUGGGAUGCAUGUUUUGUACUGUAUAUUAUGUAAGUCUAAAAAAACUAAACAAAACAAUGGUUUACAUGUUAGGCUGUCAUCAGGGGGACCUCAGUCAUUUUAAAACUAAACGUUUUUUCCUUCCAUCUUUUAAAGAAACAAAUAAAGGGAUUAUCCAGACGUCAAAUUCAGUAUGAAACUACUCUGAUGGUUUUUUGUAUCUGAGUUAUGCACUGUUUUGAGCUUCCUCCGAGCUCCUGCCUUGUACCAGCACUACUGUUCUUGUCAAUAAAGCUGAAUUUGUCUACUGA